UCUUCGGAGCUCCGUUCCCCGGAACGUGAUGACGUGAGGUGCGCGGCCGUUUCCCCUCCCCCCACCUCUCCAUCGGCGGACGUUGACCUCGGUUGCUGGCGGCCGUCAUGGUUCCCCCGGUGCAGGUGUCGCCCUUGAUCAAGAUGGCUAGGUACUCAGCAUUGCUGGUUGGUAUCAUCUAUGGCAAGAAGCGAUAUGAUUAUUUGAAGCCUAUUGCAGAAGAGGAGAGAAGAAUAGAGGCUGAAGAAAAAAAGAAGCGAGAGGAGCUUGAACGCAUUGCAAAGCAACUGGCAGAAGCAAACGAAGACACUAUUUUGAAAUGAUUGAACAUAUUAAAAGAAUGGAUGAAGCAUAUGUCAAUAGCCCUUCUGUUUUGCUAGUAUGGACUAAUCAAAAGUAUCUAUUCAAGACAAAUUGCUGGUGCAUUUUUCCACCAUCUCAAAGUGAGAGAAUAAAUUUUAUUUGAACAGUA